AAGCGAGUGAACAGUGAACUGAUGACACACUAUACUUCUCCCCGUGACUCGACUAACUCGACUAACUCGAUCUGCUCCUCGCUCCCCCGUGCAGCCGACGGAAUGGUGGAGAAGUUGCUCUUCGACGCGGCUCACAACGGGGACCUCUACAUCGUCAGGGGGAUGGCGACGUUGCUGGAUGAUGGGAGGGGUCGAAUCGGGGAGGCGGUGCAGGCGGCCAGGGUGAGAGGUGCGCCGAUGGGCGGGAUGGGGGCGCUGCACCUCGCCGCCGGCAAAGGGAGGCUGGAGGUGUGCCGCUACCUCGUCGAGGAGCUGCGGCUGGACGUGGAUGACGCUGACCAGGAAGGUAGAACUGCUCUGAUUAUUGCAACACUUUGUAAACAUUUAAGCACUGUCAAGUAUCUUCUUGAUCAUGGUGCCGACGUAAACAAAGCCAGCCAUGAUGGGCGCACCCCUCUACAUUACGCCACUCAUUUAGGAGAUUGUGGAACAGUACAGCUAUUGCUUGCAAAAGGAGCUUGUGUGGACACAGUCGCAAACCGUGGCACACCACUUCAUGUUGCUGCUAGUAAAGGGAAAGAUGGUGCUAUGAAGAUUUUAUUGGACCACAAUGCAGAUUUUAACAAGAUGGUAGAUGGUCAUCUGACACCUCUAGCUACUGCUAUAACUGCUGGUGAAUUGAAAUGUGUAAACCUCCUGAUUGAGGCUGGUGCUGUUGUCAGUGGAGACUGCAUCUCAACUGCUGCAAAGGGUGGCUCAAAUGAGUGCAAUUACUCAAUGGAAGAGACUGGUGCCAACCGUAACAUUUCUGAUAAUGGUGAGCCUGUCAGUAAAAGGAAAGCAACAGAGUUAAAGUCAUUGGGGAAUAAGGCGGUCGAGAAAAAGGAUUAUCUUUCUGCAACAGGAUUCUACAGUAAGGCACUGGACCUUUACCCUGAUGAUGCAACCUUGUUCUCAAAUAGAAGCCUUUGCUGGCAUCACAUGGGUAAUGGAGGCAAGGCUUUGUUGGAUGCUUAUGAAUGCAGGAAAUUGCGGCCUGACUGGCCAAAGGCCUACUACCGACAGGGUGCUGCUCUGAUGCUACUGAAGGACUACGAGAGUGCUUGCGAAACACUUUACGAUGGAUUGAAGUUGGAUCCAGGGAACUCUGAGAUGGAGGAUGCAUUACGGGAAGCUCUGGCGUCCUUGAAGGCAUCUGCAAGCACAGAGGCUAGGUGAACAGCAUGGGUGUUCGCAAGGUGGGCAAGGCGCUCUGGUCCUCUCCUACACGUUUUGUCCAAGGCGCCUCACUUUUUGUCCAAGAGCCUUUGGUUCCCUGAGUCCACAGGUGUUCUCACAUUUUGCCCAGAGACUUCGAUACCCAGAACCAUAAUGGGUGUCCUUUUUGUAAGUGAAGCAAAGUAGCUAACCGGGGUGGUGACUGUUGAACAUCACGGUGUUUCGCGUCUAUAACUGCCGUUUGGGGUGGUGUGGGUGCAAUGCUGCAUUGGGAUGGCAUAAGGCCAGUCCCAACCCAAGACACUACACAUAGUUUCCAUAAACUCUAUAUCAUUAAGAAAAAAAAACUAGUAUUAGACACUACUUUUUCAAUGCAAACAUCACUCUUUCAUACUUAGAUUUAAUGUUAUUUAUCUCACAUGAUGCCUUGGAUGUUAUAUAAAAAUCAUGUCUGUUAAAGAUAAGUUAGGUUCUGAUGA